AUGAGUUAUUUUAAACAAGAAAGCAGGAGAGGUCCACAAAGGGUACAUGGAGUUUGUCUGUUGAUCGCAACAAAAUUUUCAUUUGAGACGAUGAGAGCAGAAGUUAAAGAAUUGGUUGAAAUUCUUGGUGGAUCUAACAAAGUUUUUGAGGGGAAAACACUGGAUGAAUUUAGUAGAGUAUUAAAUCUGGAAUCAACAUUACACAUGGUUGAUGAUAUGAUACCUUCAAAUUAUCCUGCAAGGUGGGAAUCCUAUUACAUGCCUACAUGGACAAUAGAUGAAGUAGAAGAUGCUUGUAAUCUGUUAUAUACUUCUAGGCCUAUAGAUGAUGCAAAAGAAUUAUAUGAAUUAUGUGGAGGUAUAGCUCAUUAUAUUUUUGAAUGGAAAAAAAAAGAAGCUUAUCAAGAGAUAGAUUUGGCUAUUAAAACCUGUGACCUUGGUAAGAUAAUAAAAUCUGUCGGUGAGGUUGAUGCUCCUCAUGAUACUUCUCAUGUGAUAGUACACAUUGUAUUUUCAUUAUGUAAUUUUUUAAAAGCAUGUGAAGAUGAAUCAAUUACAGGUGGUAUUUGUGGUAAUUUGCUUGAAGAGUUUGCACAUAACAUGCUAAAAACUGGUGGAAAGUAUGAAAUAAAAUUAUUAGAGUCAGAAGAAGAGUUAAGAGAAGGAGAUACACAAAAGAAAAAAUUUAAAUCUAAUAGUAGAACAUCAGCUUCUUUAAUUAAUGAAUUAAAUUUGACUGUUAAAGGAACUUUUAAGUUUUCAAAACUUGAAGAAAUAACAGCAAAACAUCAAGGUUUUUAUUGUUAUCCAUCCAUACACUCAUUUGAAUCAAUUGAUACAUUUAUUCCAGGAACUAGAUCUUCAAAUCACUUACUUUUUCAAAUGACAGUUUCAAAUUCACAUCCCAUUAAACAAAAUGGGGUUAAUAAAGUAAUUAAGCAUCUCAAUGAACUUCAGAAUGAAGAAAAUGAGACAGAACUAUAUUUUGUUGUUCCAGAUGAAAUUUAUUUAACAUUUAAUAAGCAGAAGUUCCAAACAAAACCAGGAAAAAAUGCAGAAAGAACACCACCAAUUGUACAUUCUAUCAAGCAAUAUUCUCUUAAAAUUCCAUUGGAUGUAAAUAUGAUGAUUUCUUAA